AUGCCAUUCGAUUUUAACUUUUUUAAACAGAAUGGGAAAGUGUUCACAUUUGGAGACAAUUGCUUUGGACAGCUGGGACACAGCCCCACUGCUAAGAAGAGUGGUCCACAAGAAGUGGAAAGAAUUGAUGGCCUAGUUUCACAGAUAGAUUGCGGAAGUUUCCACACCCUUGCGUAUGUCUACACCACUCGUAGGGUGGUGUCUUUUGGUCAUGGAUCAAGUUGCACAAGCAGCCCACCUCAUCCGGAGGCCCAAACGGAAAACUCUGACUUUAGCUGCCUGAUUUCUGCUGAUGACCUUGUGGGUGUUCAAGUCAAACACAUUUUUGCUGGAACAUAUGCCAACUUUGUGACAACUUAUCAGGAUACUGGUUCCACAAAUGUUUCCAAGAAAACCUUGCCAGAAAUAAGCCGAAUUAACCAGUCCCGGACAGAACAGUGGAUGGCAAUGACAAGUGGAAGUAAUGAACGUGAAGCAACUAAGAGUGAAAUUAGAAUGAUAUUUUCAUCUCCUGCUUGUCUGACUGCAAGUUUUUUAAAGAAAAGAGAAUCUGGAGAAAUGAAUUCCAUUGAUGUGGACCUACAAAUGGCAAAAGAUACCUUUGAGAAGUUAACACAAAAGCAGUGGAUUUCUUUCAUGAUAACUACAUGUCUCAGGGACCAUCUGCUCGGAGCUCUUCCAUGCCGUUCUCCACACCAAGAAGCGUUGUCAGUUUUCCUUCUGCUCCCACAAUGUCCUGUGAUGCACGAUCCUAGGAACUCGGAAAGUCUGGUGGUUCCCUUUGCACAGGCUGUUUGUAAAAUGAGUGACCGAUCUUUACGAGUCCUGAAGCAGUGUUGGGCAUCUUUGCAAGAGUCUUCUCUCAACACACUGGUCCAGAUGCUUAAAUCAGCCAUCAUUGCUCAAAUGAUUUAUUCGGUUGAAACACCUCAGAAUAACUGCAAUCUGAAACCUCUUCUAGAAAUGAUGAAAGAAGUGUAUAAGGUAAACAAAGCUACUUGUCAACUACCAAAGAACACUUUCAUCAUAAAUGAACUCUCCACUAUGUUGAACUUUAUUGAAGUAAGAAGAAGAAUGUCCUAUAGAGAUGACAACCUGAUAACUGCAGGAAACUUCAGUUCCAUUAUUUUCAGUGAAUUUCCAUUUAUCUUUAAUUUGCUAUCCAAAAUUAAAUUAUGGCAAGCUGAUUCCUUUUUGAAAAAACUGAAAUCACCAAGUACACAUAUGUUUUCACCCGAAUUUUUACUUCGAGUCAGACGAAGUCACCUAGUUGAUGAUGCUCUGCGUCAAUUAAACCAAGCUGAAGUCACUGAACUUCGGAAAGAAUUGGUGAUUGAAUUUAUUAACGAAAUUCGUUCUGUGGGUUAUGGGGUAAAGUCCGAGUUCUUCUACUUCAUAUUUGAAGAGAUGACCAAGACAGAAUAUGGAAUGUUCAUGUAUCCUGAAGAGGGUUCCUACAUGUGGUUUCCUAUCAGUCCUAAAUUUGUGAAGAAGAGAUAUUUCCUCUUUGGGAUGCUGUGUGGACUCUCCCUGUACCAUUUAAAUGUUGCCGAUAUUCCUUUCCCACUGGCUCUGUUUAAGAAACUUCUGGACCAAAAGCCAUCAUUGGAAGAUUUAAAAGAACUCAGUCCCCUUUUGGGAAAGAAUUUGCAAGAAGUUCUAAAUUAUGAGGCUGAUGACAUUGGAGAAGCACUUUGCAUAUAUUUUUCUCUACGAUGGGACCAACAUAAUGUUGAUUUAAUUCCAAAUGGGAUCUCUAUACUUGUGGACCAAACCAACAAGUAAGUUUUGAGACCUAGAACAUAUGCU